AUGGUGUUGAGCCUGCCCAACGCCUGGGCUGUGGAAGCCUGUGUGCGCGCCUGUCCUGCUGCCUGCGUCUGCAGCGGGUCCGAGCGAGGCUGCACAGUGCGCUGUGACCAUGCAGGCCUCCUUCGGGUGCCUGCUGAGUUUCCCUGUGAGGUAGCCUCCAUCGAUCUCGACCGAAACAGCCUGCGCUUCCUGGGCGAGCGGGCCUUUGGCACACUGCCGUCUCUGCGCCGUCUGUCUCUGCGCCAUAACAACCUGUCGUUCAUCACGCCCGGCGCCUUCAAAGGCCUGCCGCAGCUGGCAGAACUGCGCUUGGCCCACAACGGCGACCUUCGCUACUUGCAUGCGCGCACCUUUGCCACGCUCGGCCGCUUGCGCCGCCUCGACCUAGCCGCCUGCCGCCUCUUCAGCGUGCCUGAGCGCCUCCUGGCCGACCUUCCUGCCCUGCGGGAGGUCGCUGCCUUUGACAACCUGUUCCGUCGUGUGCCCGGCGCGCUGCGCGGCUUGGUCAACCUGACGCAUGCGCACCUGGAGCGCAGCCGCAUCGAGGCUGUGGCCUCCAGUUCGUUGCAGGGUCUGCUGCGUCUGCGCUCUCUCAAUCUACAGUACAAUCACGUCCGUACAGUGCACGCAGGUGCCUUUCGUGACUGCGGUGAACUGGAGCACCUGCUGCUCAAUGACAACCUGCUGGCUGCACUGCCUGCAGACGCCUUCCAUGGCCUGCACCACCUGCGCACACUCAACCUAGGCGGCAAUUCCCUAGGCCGAGUGGUGCGGGCCUGGUUCACAGAUCUGACGGAGCUUGAGCUGCUCUACCUGGACCGCAAUAGCAUCACCUUCGUGGAGGAGGGCGCUUUCCAGAACCUCUCAGGCCUUCUGGCUCUGCACCUCAACAGCAACCGCCUCACUGCACUCGCUUGGGCCGCCUUCCAGCCUGGCUUCUUUCUGGGCCACCUCUUCCUCUUCCGGAACCAGUGGCGCUGUGACUGCCGCCUGGAGUGGCUGCGAGACUGGAUGGAGAGCUCUGGACAUGUCGCUGAUGUGCCAUGCGCUUCCCCGGGCUCCGUGGCGGGUCUAGACUUCAGCGAGGUGGCCUUUGAGCGCUCCUCUGACGGCUUCUGUGUGGACCCUGAGGAGCUGAACCUCACUGCGUACAGCCCAGGGCUUUCCCCGGAGCCUGUGGCCACCACUGCGAGCAGGUUCAACAGCCUCCUUUCCAAGCUGCUGGCCCCGAGGGUUCCAGUGGAGGAGGGAGUUAACACCACAGAGGUGCUAGCCAAUGCCUCAUUGUCUAGCAGCCUUCCUUCCCGUGGGAUGGGAUGCUUGGGAUUUGACACCACAAUUCUCUGCAGCGCUUGCCUCCUACUCAGUAUGGCCCAGCACGCGGUGUUCGGCCUGUGUAUGAACUAG